UGAAACCACGCCGUUAACUAUUAACGUUAAAACCACCGUAUACUUCACAAAAACACUGUCGUUUUGGCAGUAUGGGCUGCGUUCUCUGCAAGAACUCCGCCGGAGCCAAAGAUGAAGCUCCUCCUGGAAACCUCCGCCGUGAAACUAAGACGGAUCAUUUACCUUCUUCCUCCUCCGCCGCUGUUUCUUUACCGGAGGAUGUAGCUUCGAAUCAGAUUCAAACGGCGAGAACGUGGCACACCGGCGACUUCUCCGCCGGCUCUUGUCGCCGUACGUUGGGGAUGUGUCUCUCUGCGCCGGAAGAAUGGCCACCGUGGCUUAUUGCUGCUUGCGGCGAAUCCAUCAAAGACUUUAUUCCCCGACGAGCCACCACAUACGAGAAGCUCGACAAGAUUGGGCAAGGAACUUACAGCAAUGUGUACAAAGCAAAGGAUCUAUUAACUGGAAAAAUUGUAGCAUUGAAGAAAGUUAGGUUUGAUAAUUUGGAAGCAGAGAGUGUUAAGUUCAUGGCUAGAGAGAUUCUUAUGCUGCGACGUUUAGAUCAUCCUAACGUUAUAAAACUCGAAGGGUUAGUUGCUUCAAGGGUUUCUUGUAGUCUCUACCUUGUUUUUGAGUAUAUGGAACAUGAUCUCACUGGUCUUGCUGCUACUCAACGUGUCAAGUUUGAUCUUUCACAGGUGAAGUGUUUUAUGAAGCAGCUAUUAUCUGGGCUAGAGCAUUGUCAUAGUAGAGGAGUGUUACAUCGUGACAUCAAAGGCUCUAAUUUGUUGAUAGAUAACAAUGGAAUAUUAAAGAUUGCUGAUUUUGGGUUGGCUACGUUUUAUGACCCAAAGCUAAAGAAGCAAACAAUGACUAGUCGUGUUGUCACGCUCUGGUACCGUCCUCCUGAGCUUCUUCUUGGAGCUACAAACUAUGGAACUGGUGUUGAUCUUUGGAGUGCUGGUUGUAUCAUGGCGGAGUUACUUGCUGGCAAGCCUGUUAUGCCAGGAAGAACCGAGGUUGAACAACUUCAUAAGAUAUUUAAGUUAUGUGGAUCCCCAUCAGAUUUGUACUGGAAGAAGUACAAAUUACCGAACGCUACCCUUUUCAAGCCGCAGCAUCCGUACAAACGUUGUGUGGCUGAAGCAUUUAACGGCUUCACUCCAUCAACUGUGUGUUUAGUGGAGACACUUCUCGCUAUAGAUCCUGAUGAUCGUGGAACUUCUACCUCGGCUUUGAGUAGUGAAUUCUUUACGAGUGAACCUUUAGCGUGUGAUCCAUCAAGUCUACCGAAAUAUCCACCUUCCAAAGAACUGAAUAUAAAGCUAAGGGACGAAGAAGCAAGAAGGCAAAAGAGUCUUGCAAGAAAAGCUAGUGGUGUUGAAGGAGCUAGAAGAAUAAGGUUCCGUGGAGAUCGCACCGGGCGAGCUAUUCCAGCUCCAGAAGCUAAUGCCGAGAGUCAAGCCAACUUAGAUAGAUGCAGAGUGGUACCACAAACACAUGGGAAGAGCAAGAGCGAGAAGUUCCCACCUCCUCACCAGGAUGGUGCAGUUGGGCAUCCAGUGGAAGAAGAUCAUCAUCAGCCAAAGAAAAACUCAGUAUUUGGUGCAAAGCAUGAGGCUUCUUUCGGGUCAUCGAGAUCAUUAAAGGCUGGGGAAGGGACGUCAAUGAGAAAGAUUUCAAAUAAAGACGGGUCUCGUGGGACUUCUUCUUCCAGAAAGUACAUAUGGGGGCUUAAACCACCUCCAGCUCUUGGACUGUCGAUGGACUUGCUUUUCAGGACCAGAUCAGAAGUAUUUGGGAUCCGGAGAUAGGAGAUAUGAGUUGAGACUUGAGAGUUAUAUUUUAGUGCAUCAAAAAUAAGAGAUUGUUGAAGACGUUCAUAUUCUUUGUAGCAGAGUAGAAAUAGACGAGAGAGAGGGUGCACAAAUGGAAAUGUGGUUUGACUAUGAUGUAAAUACACAGUUCAGCUAGUCUUUAGAAUUCUCUUUUUUAAGAUUUGUAUAGUUGUGUGAAAUGUGUU